UUGUUUAUUUUCUGAUGCUUCAUAUGACUCCUAGAUAUUUCUUAUAAAUGUUUCCAUAACUGGAACAUUGUAAUUUGCUGUCAUGGUCAAAGUCGCUGUUCUUGGAUCUGGAGUGUUAGGCAUUAAGAUUGCAGGUGAGUUUGCUUACCAUGGGCACCGGGUGAAGAUCUAUUCCAAUGACUUGAAGUCGCUUAACUCGAUUUUCCAGAGGAUGGAGGAAGACAAGAAGCAGCUCAAGGCUGAAGGCAUUCUCUUCAACAGGAAUUUUGUGGGGCCUGUGCUAUGCAUGUCAAAGUUGGAAGAAACUGUGAAUGAUGCAGACUUCAUAUUUGAGUGUAUUCCAGAGGAUCUAGAAAAAAAGAAAGAUAUUUUUGAAAGAGUAUCCCACCUGUGCAAAUCUUCCACCAUCAUAGGGACCAACACAUUGAGGCUGAACCAAACUGACAUUGUGGAGAGAACUGUCGGCAAAGAGAGGACUCUUGGCCUGCGGUUCCUGUUUCCUGUGUAUUACAUCCCGGAAGUGGAAAUUACACCAAACAAACACACAUCAGGACAGACCAUUGAAAAAGUGCGUGCCCUUUUGGAGAAGAUCGGGAAGACCCUGUUUUUCCGCUCUGGUCCAGAACCCCUAAUUCUCUCUGAGGAACAGAGGGAGGACAGGCUGAAGGCCCGUAAAGAUCAGCUGAAGGCUACAUCAGGAGUUGGUUUGAACUACGUCAGCUCAAUCCCGAGUCUGACUCCGCACGGGGGUCAUGGAACCUCGCACAUUGAACACAACCCUCCAAGAGGUUCCACAAGCACCGCUGAUGGUGAGACAGACUGUGCGAUAUGUAUGGACAAGGCGCGUGACUGCGUGAUGAGGCCGUGUCACCAUAUGGUCACCUGCUACAGGUGCGCAACCAUGCUCAUUAACCGACGGGAUGGAUGUCCUAUUUGUCGCAAGGACAUUAUAGAAAUUAUACGCGUCUACAGUGGAUGAUGACUUUUAAAGUUAUGUUUAGUGUACAGAAUAAGGCAAUGGAAAAACAUCAGGGCUAGGAGCCUGGGUGUGGAGUAUAUUUAUGAAUGUAUGUUAGCUAAAGAAAAUUGGAGAUUUCGAACGGACUUCUCUGUAUGUUUUUACUGUUAUUUGCUCUUUCAUAAAACUCACAGAUUAUCCUUGCUACUUUUGAUACUUUAGGCACAUCAAUAAUUUUUAUCAAACAAAUUGAUACAUUCCAAUUUCUAUCUUAAUUGAUAUUUUACAAAAUUACAUUAUUUAUUUCAAGAUUACUCUGAUGGUCAAAUUGAUUUUAUUUAAAGUAUAGAAUGUUUGAAAGUACUGAUUUAUGUAUAAUACAACUAAUAUAAUUGUUCAAUAUUGAUGUCAUUUUCCUAACUGAAAUUUUAUACUAAGUAUGUGUUUGUGUGUGCUCCCUUUGCUAUAUUUGUAUAUGCUUGGAAGGAUGACAAACCAUACAAACUGUUAACACCAUGAGAAUCUGUCUCCAACUGUAUGUUGAGCACAGUAGUAAAGUUAUGAGAAAGUUCUGUUCAUUUUCAAAUUAUCCUACCAUAAUCAUCCUACAUGGGUUUUACAUCCAUGUAUUCAUUGAUAAGAUAUUAAUUUUAUUAGUCUGUGAUCAAAAUCAUAUUUAUGUCAAGAUACCAUAUACUGAAGAUACGAUUAUUAUAAAUACAUAUAUUAUGUGAAUUAUAAAACUUUAUUGCUUUGUUAUUUAUUUGAGAAAUUAGCUCAAAGUGUUUUGUUAUUUUGGGAUGAAUUUUACAUUGAAUGAAUUUUAAAUGUUUACUUCAUGGUAGAUAAAAUGAUACAAUUGUCUAGUACAAGCAUAUCAUUGAUAUAAUUAUUUCUCUUAGUAUUUUAUUUUGCAAAAACUGAUAGAGUAGAAUCUGACAGUACAUUUUAAGUUGUUUUAUGGCAUAUUAAACUUUUUUCCCAUGCCAGUUAAAACAAUCUUUAAAUUGCUAUUAUAAUAAUAAUACCCCGACUUUAUUAAUUAUUAUUCUUAAAUUAGAAUAGAUGAUUGAAUCAUAGCCAUGGCUAACACUUCAUUUGUUAUGUCAUAUGUUGACUAUUUGAGACAUUUCCCCUUACAGAUGCAUACACAAUGAUUCCUUGAUGAAACUGUGCUCUUAACUAUGUUUAUGUACAUUUGUUAAUUUGAGUGUUGGAAAAUAAGGAGGGCUUUUCUACUCACCAUGGCGUUGGUAUGUGAGUCCAGUUAUAGUGUUCUGGCAAGUUGGGAUUUUUAGUUGUCAUGUCUCAUAAACUGUGCCACCAGACAAUUAAGUUAAACAACUCUGUAUGAUCUUAUGCACAAAGUUUAGCCCUUGAUUGACUUGAAAGUUUGUUGCAAGUUGUAGGGCAUGUUGGGAUGUUUUGUCUUAUGUCAAAGGCCACUCAUUCAAUUGACUUGAUUCUUCUCUCAGUUGUCCAGGGCCAUCAAAAUUUUAAGUCAGACGAGUCUAUAUGAUCCUAAAUACAAAUAAUGGCCCCUGUUCGACUAAGAAAGUGAGGUUAAUGUUUUUAGGCACGUUGGAGCUUUUGAUUAAAUUGUUUAUGCAAUGAUCCUUCACCUUAGUGUUCAAGGCCACAAGACAAUUACAUCAGUUUACUCCAUAUGAUCAUCAGUACAUGUUAAAGCCUCAUAUUUCAUCAAUAUGCAUGUUAUUAAGUGAUACAUCUCGUAGAUAAAGUGGCAUAUAAUCAAGAGCCCUGCCUUGUCUUACGACUGCUCUUGUUAGCUCGACUAUUCGAAGAAUAAGGAGAGCUAUACUACUCACCCGGGCAUCGGCGUCACACCUUGGUUAAGUUAGAUAACACUUAUUUGAAUAUAAUGCAAAUUAUGGGCCUUUAUUAUUUGACUUAGAAAUUCUGGUUAAGGUUUUGCAUGUAAGCGCACAUAGGUUAAUAUCUCAGCAACUACUUGAUGUAUUGCAUUGAGACUUUAUACACUAGUACUCAACCAUCUAACCUACUUAAAUAACCAAGGAAGAGAACUCUAGUUUGCAUUAAAUUCAAAGAAUUGCGCUUUUUUAUUCGACAUAGAAAUUCUGGUGAAGGUUUUGCAUGUAACCACUUUUAAGUCAAUACCUCAGCGAAUACAUCAAGUAUUGCAUUGAAACUUUAAACACAGGCUCCCAGCCAUUUAACCAUCUUAAUUAAUCAAGUUAGACAACUCUAUCCUGCAUAUAAUAUAAAUUUUCCCCCUUUAUUAUUCGACUUAGAAAUUCUGGUCAAGGUUUUGCAUGUAAGAACAUAUAGGUUAAUAUCUCACCAACUACUUGAUUUAUUGAAUUGAGACCUUAUACAGUGAUCCAUACAUGUUUCACCUAAACUGUUCAGUCCUUACACUGAAAUGCGGUGGAAUAGUCGAGCGCGCUGUCUCUGUGACAGCUCUUGUUUUUAAUGUCUUCUUAGCUCUUCUGCAAUUGAUUUUUACCUUUUACUGUUUCAUUGUUAUUACAUCGUCUUUCAUUGUAAUGUGAUACUUUUUGUGACUGUAUUCUUUCUGACUUAUUAAAAUGAACA